AUGACCGAGAAUCUGGCCUUCGAAGGCUUGGUCCCCAACGAAUACUUCACUCACGAUGGCCGCCUGGGCUCUUUCCAUCAGGUUUAUCCUGCACCGAAGCGCCGCCAAUCAGGCGCGACGAAGGGCGGCAAAAACCUCACAUGGCCGCACAUGAAGUAUCUCUUACCAGAAGAUCUCGCGAAAGCAGGUUUUGUCUGGCGCCCGUUCCCUGACAACCCCGACAACGUUGCAUGCUUCUUGUGCAACAAAUCUCUCGACGGCUGGGAAGAGGGUGAUAGGCCUCUCGAGGAGCACUUGAAGCACUCCCCUGACUGCGGGUGGGCAAUUGUCGCUGGCAUCGAAGCCAACCUGAACGGUCUGUCUUCUGAAGACCCUGCCAGCGCUAGAAUGAUUGCGGCCAGGAAGGCGACCUUCGAUGGACGCUGGCCACAUGAGGGAAAGAGGGGCUGGAAGAACAAGAUCAAGCAGCUCGCCGAAGCAGGAUGGAAGUACACGCCUUCCCUUGAAUACAACGAUAUGGCGACCUGCACCUACUGCGAGCUUGCUUUGGACGGUUGGGAGCAAAACGACAAGCCAAUGGACGAACACUUCAACCGAUCCCCCGAGUGCCCGUAUUUCUCACUGGUAAAUCAGUACGCCUCCACGAGGAAGACAAAGAGCAAGGCAGCCCGCGGCUCAAAGACCACAUCAAGACUAUCCGUACAAUCAGUUGCAACAUCGGUCUCCGACAUCACAUCGAUAACAGACGUUCCUGCAGAGUUCGACGACAGCAUCUUGACAACGAAUUCCACAAUGGGCGGCAAGAAAGGCUCUCGUGUCAAAAAGACCACAACCGCAAAGGGCAGGAAGACGAAGGCAAAGAAAGACGAGCCUGUUGAGGUCGUCGAGGAUGAAGCCAUGCCGGAAGAGGAAAUUGCACCACCGCCGCCGAAGCCUACCCGAGGGCGCAAACGGGCGAGCGACGACGUGGACGAUUCCGCACUCACCAUCUCUGAAGCACCUGCACCCAAGAAGCGUGCGGGCCGCGGCCGUCCCAAGGUUGCGGCUGACAGCUCGACUAUUGAACAGUCACAACAAGACAUCAGCAUUGCCGAUGCGCCACCGCCAGCAAAGGCACCGAAAGGCCGCAAGACUGCACGCGCGUCUGGGACCAAGGGAUCACGGAAGGCCUCAGGGACGUCACAGAGGUCAAACGCCUCAACGGCAUCUUUGCGGACUGCGCCCGGCGCUUUCCCCGAGGAUGACGAGGAUGAGAUUACCCGGCAGCUUGAGGCUGACCUUGAGCGUCCGUUGACUGACGACGAGGACAUUAUUCAAGAUUCCGAUUCGGAACGAAAGAAAGCCCCUGCGCCCAAGGCGAAGUCGAAGAAGAGCCGGGCACAGAAGGAUUCUGCCGCUAGCCCUGAGCCGUCAGACAAUCAUGAGAUGUUCGACGCGGAACCAUACAUAGCAGACAAAAAUGAUGUAAACGACGAGCUCAAGCAACUGGAGGCUGAGAUGACAAUUGAUGAGCCUGAGGUGCUAGAAGUUCCCAAGAAGGGGCGCAAGGCUACAGCCCCCCGCAAGGUGUCUAAGCAGACCAAGACUCAGAAGGCCAAGGCCGUAAAGGUUGCCCCCGAAGAGGACGAGCCCGCAGUUCCAGCAGAGCCCAGCCGUCCUGAGGAGCCUGCCGAAGUUGAAGAGGACGAGAUUAGCACUGCGACGGUGAUCACGACGAAGCCUGCUCGCACAAGCACUGAUCGAAAACGCGGGCGCCCUUCCAAGGCAUCAUUGGCGUCGCGCGUAUCCAUGGAAGCCGUCAACAAGGUCGAAGAAGUGGACCCUAUCGAGCUGGAGGCUGGAGCGGCCGCUGAGGUUGAGUCAGAGCUUGAAGCCCAGGCUGAGCCUGAAGCUGAGGUCGAGACCGAAGCAGAAGACGUGUCUGCACGUCAGUCUUUUGCUUCGGCACGGCAAACGCCCGCACCUGCGGAGCCCCAAGACGAGCAAGAAGAUGAACUCGAGGAGCUGGAGGAGCCAGAGGAAGAGCUUCCCGAUGAGCUUGCAGACGAGCUGAAAGAGGAAGAAGAGCCAGAGGAGCAAGCAGACGAGCAUCAGCCUGAGCCAGAGUCCGAGGCACCUGAGCCCACACCAAGGAGCGCCAUGAGAACGAGCUCUCCGCCACCACUAUCAUCACCUGUUCUUACCUCAUCGGCCCGCCGCAGUGUGCAACACCAAUCAGGGACCCCACGUAUCUCCCCUGCCCAAUCGGCUCGCCAGGCAGCUGUUUCGCCGUCGCCAUCUCCUCAGUCCUCAGAUGCAGAGAACCAGCCUCCCUCUUCAAGACCUUCUACAACUCAGAAGCGGGUGACACAUGCGCCUAUUUCUUCAACCCCAGCAAGGCCAAGUUCACCGUCUAAGCGAAAGGCUUUGGCAAGUCUCCAAAGCACCACGCCCUGGAACCCCGUUGACAUCGACCUCAUCUUCGGAUCCCCCGAGAAGUCAGACAAGAGGAACCCGGUCGACAGGCUGCUUCACAAAGGCACUGAGCUAACCAGCCCUGAAAAGCGCAUGACGGUCGAAGAAUGGAUUCACCACAACGCCAACCAGGCUGAGUCGAAGCUGCGACAAGAGUGCGAGGCCAUGGUCAGCAAGUUUGAGAGCGAGGGCAGCAAGGCGAUGAACGUUUUGGAGGGGUUGAUUGUAGAUUGA